UCAUCAACUCCUUCCCUUCCCUGCCUCUGCCAUCCAUCGUCCUCCGUCUAUGAUUCCGAGCUCACACAAUAAUUGAUUACUCUCUCUCUCUUCUCCUCUCACACUCAGAGUCAGAAUCUUCUUGCUUUGCUGUUCGAUACACAGAGAGGGUAACGAAUAUAUAAUAACAAUAAUAAUAAUAAAAAAGAAACAAUGAAAGGAGAGAGCAGCAGCAGCUUCUUCAUAUUAUUUCCUCCGAUUGUUUAUGCACUCUUAUGUACCACAGCUUCCAUUGCUACAUCAGCUGUUGUUCCAAUUGACCCUUUUCUUGGAAUCCCUCCUCAAGAUGGGAAUUAUUACAAGACAUCAUCACCUACUAUAAAAUGUAAAGAUGGAUCCGCUACUUUCACCAAGGCUCACCUCAAUGAUGACUUCUGUGAUUGCCCUGAUGGUACCGAUGAGCCUGGCACAUCAGCAUGCCCCGGUGGGCAAUUCUAUUGUAGAAAUGCAGGGCAUGAUCCCGUUUUCUUAUUCUCUUCCAGAGUCAAUGAUGGCAUCUGCGAUUGUUGUGAUGGGAGUGAUGAGUAUGAUGACCAAGUUAAGUGUCCAAAUACAUGCUGGGAAGCUGGCAAAGUGGCAAGAGAUAAAUUGAAGAAAAAGAUUGCUACAUAUAAGGAAGGGGUUGCGUUGAGAAAAAAAGAAGUUGAACAAGCAAAAAUAGCAUUCGCCAAAGAUGUGGCUGAACUAUCCAAGCUAAAAAAUGAGGAGAAGAUACUAAAAGGGCUUGUUGAACAGCUUAAAGAGCUUAAAGAACAGAUAGAGAAGACAGAAGAGAAAGAACGUUUGCAGAAAGAAAAGGAAGAGAAACAAAGGAAAGAAGCUGAAGAAAAGGUCAAUGGGGAAAAAAGUGCAGUUAAGGGGGGAGCUAACCUAGAAAAAGGCCACGCUGAGGAGAAAAUCGACAAUGAAGACAAAGAUAUGGAAAACCAUGAUGAAAUUGGUGUUUUGGAUGAUUCUCCUGCAUAUCAGGAUGUUGUGGACGAGUUUGCUGAUCAUGGAGCUGAAGAUGAAAGUGGUUAUGCUUCCAAAAUUGAAGGAUCUCCAGAUAGCAAAGUGGAGAAGCAUGAGGGACAAGAGGAUGAAGAGCCUGUCACCACAAAAAUCAAGGAUGAGUCUACACUUGUGCCUGAAACUGGCCAUGAUGUUGGAAAUGAGGUGUCUCAUGCUCAACCUAUGGAAGAGGAGAAGGAUGAAUCCACUGAUGCAAAAGGAUUGUCAAAGGAAGAGUUGGGCCGCCUUGUUGGAUCUCGUUGGACAGGAAAUUCAGAGAAGCAAACUGAGGAAGUUAGGGAUACAAAGGACAACAACCAUGGAGACCAUGAAGAGAUGGCCCAUGACACACAUGAUGAGAAAUAUGAUGGCUAUGCUUCAGAAACUGCUGAUGAAACUGGCAAGGAUGAUGAUGUUGAUGGAGAAGAUGAUGUAGAUGAGACUUAUGAAGAGGAAGUUCGCGAUGAUGUUGAUGAUGCUCCUUAUAAAUCUGACUCUGAUGAUGAAGUUGAAUUUUCAGAUACAACCUUCCCAGGUAAUCCAUCUUGGUUGGAGAAUAUACAGCAAACCUUUAGGAGCAUUCUACAAGCCUUUAAAUUAUUCCAAACUCCAGUGGAUAAAUCAGAGGCUGCUCGUGUACGCAAGGAAUACGACGAGUCCAGUGCUAAGUUGUCUAAAAUACAGUCAAGGAUAUCAAGGCUGACACAAAAGCUCGAACAUGAUUUUGGGACAGAGAAGGAGUUCUAUUCAUUCUAUGAUCGCUGUUUUGAGAGCAAGCAGAACAAGUAUGUUUACAAAGUCUGCUCAUUCAAACAAGCUUCCCAGUCAGAGGGCCACUCAACAACUCGUUUGGGGCGCUGGGAGAAAUUCGAGGACUCAUACCGAGUUAUGGUCUUUUCAAAUGGGGAUAAGUGCUGGAAUGGGCCUGAUCGAAGUUUGAAGGUCAGGCUAAGAUGCGGACUGGAUAAUGAGGUUACAGAUGUAGAUGAACCAAGCCGUUGCGAGUAUGUGGCAUUGCUAUCUACCCCAGCCCUUUGCAUAGAAGGAAAGCUUAAGGAACUGGAAAAUAAACUAGAGUUGAUGAACAAAGAACAGCCACGGAGCCAUGAUGAACUUUAACUUGCCUGGAUGAGUUCACCACAAACAUUCUAGAGGAUGCUGAUCGCUUGAAAACUCAUCUAUUCAUUUUUGGGUUGGUAGUGAGAAAUUUUGAGCGGUAUUAGUACAGUGCUCCCGAAUUUUUUUCUAUUCUGGAUCACACCUUGUGUAACAUGUCGACUUCAUUGUGAAGGUUCGGUCGAGGCAUGGGAGCAAUCAUGACGAAGUCUGGCAGGUUAAACUAAUGAUAAAUAUAGUGACACUUUUAUUGAACUAAGCUUGGAUCAUUAGUACAAUAAUAGAGAGCAUUUAUGUUGCCCUA